AUGCCGUCGGUUUCUAGUCACUACGCCGGCCGACAAAAAUCAACCGAUUCUAUAAUAUAUAUAUCAUCGUCACCGUCACCAGCACGUUCAUUGGAGACGACGGACACCGACAGCGAAGACGAUAAUUUCGAUUUCAAAAAUUUUUCGAAACGUACCAAAAAUAACGUUAAAAGAUUAAAAAAACAUACUCGGCAAUCGUCGGCUGUUGGGAAACCUGACGAUUGCCGAAUACCGUUCGGUAAUCAUAUCGUUACUUAUAAAUACGACGAUUCGGCUAACGUUAACCCCGGUCCGGUAUUCAUAAAAUCGGAAACUGAAAAAUUAAUAUUAUAUUGCAAGAGUACUCGUUCGGAACGGUUCACGAGUUUUUGCCGUGAUCUCAGUGAAAAAUUUCAACUACGGAAACCUUUGGAAAAUUUUUUAAAUAAAACGAAAUUGAUGAAACGUUUUGUUAAAAAGUACGAAUAUAAAGAACCGAUGACUUUCGAAGAGUAUGAAGCGAUUUCGUUAAAAUUUCACUGUCCGAUAAGAUACGGAUUUCGGAUGUAUGUACCGGUAUGGAUAUUCCAAAAAAUAACAUUACAGUUAUGCGCUCCGAUAUAG